CUUUUUUUGAACCAAUAACACUCUUUUUAUGAGCUUUCAGCUCAUUUCUAAGCUGGUAAAUAGUUAAUGCUUGAGGAAUAAGUUGAGUAAUAACUUGAUUGCAUUCUUUUUUUGCUGUGUGUUUAUUCAACGAACAUAUAUGAAUCUUUUGCUACAUAUUUUGCAUUUAACAGGCUUUAUUAUGAAUAAAAUAUCUUCCGUCAAAUAUUUCUUCUCGACGCAAUCUAAACUUGAAACAGACUCGAUGCAAACUUGACAUAAAAGCUCAGAUUGUAGUGAACGUGAACAGUUGCAACAUUCUUUGUCUGUAACAGGUUUACGAGGUCGAAAAUGAGAUUGAUACAUGGAUGGUAUUGAAAAAUGAAAAGGCAAGUACAAAUUUCGUACAUAGCUAGACCGCAUCAGUUGAUACCAUUUACCUCUUUCGUCUUGUUUUGUAAAUCUGUUGCUACAAGUUUUUAAAUCUUGUUUAAUGGAUGAAUGUUUGGAUUCUUUUCCUUGCAUAGAAAGAAUCCCAUAACCAACUCCAUAACCCUUAAAAAUUUCUUCCGCAUGAAAUGGAACAACAUAAACAAUAGUCCAAUCUGUACUGUUGCAGUUUGAAGGGAAAAAAAGCGCAAAUAAUAAAAAAUAUCUUUGACAGGCAGCAGUAACACUUUCAACAUAAUUUUCAUCAACAACAUGUUAAUUAUACUUCCAACAUCUCGAAGUGCAGUAAACAUCUGCGCCAGACUAGUCGUAUAGCUUUUUCCUGUUCUGAUUCUUUAUUAUGUUUCAAAACGUCAACUAAGCGAUAACCAUAUUGGGCAAUCGAUAUUGCUUGUGCACCAAUAAUCCUGACAGAUAGAGUCUUCAAUCUUUGAAAUUAAUAAAUAUUACAAUAUGAUAUUUUGAUACAAAAAUUAUAAUAAAAAAACCAAUAUGCAAAAUUACUUAUAAUAUUUUUAAAUUUGUUUACUAUAAAUAUAACUUACCGAUUAUCUUCUACAAGGUUCUUCAUACAUUUUACCAAUGAAACUUAAGCCAAUGCCAAAAAUAGAAUCAGAAGAAUGCUUUGCUGGUGCUUUUAGGAUUUUACAAAACUCAACAAAUCUGUUUCGUCUUGUUGCUUCAAAAUAUAAUACAUUUAGGCAAUGUGUCCAAUUGUUUAUUUCUAAAUGUAGGGGGUCUGGUUUUAUUCUGUCUGAAAAUAUACCAAUUCUUGAUUCACCUAAUUGACGCAAUUCAUCCUCAGCCAUAAAAUCCAGAGACUUUAGAUGUUUGGCAUUUUCUGACAACUCAUUUGAAAAACCAUUUGAAACUGUUGUAACAUGGUAAGAUCAUUUUUUCAACAAGUGUUAUCAGAAAUCUUCCAUUUCUUGUCAGAAUUUGAAUACCCAAUUGAUCCGUCUAUAAAAGUAAGUUCACUUUUGUGAACAUUGCAGAAAGGGGAUUUUUUCUUCUUUUGACUCAGGUGCGCUAUCAUCAGAAAACUCAACAACAAAAUGAUUUAUGUCCCUAUUAAACCACCUAAGUUUAUCUUUCGUUUUUUUUACUUUCAAAUUUAGAUCAGCAAUCAUUGUGACUAAUGCUGUCACUGUACGCGAAAUACCUCCUUUUAUUGACUUUGAGCAGUUUUGCGACACAAAUUCAGUAGCUGAAAAGACUGAGUUAGAGCUUUAUCUUGAGGAAAAGCGUUUCAAAUGUGAACCGUCAAUCCACUUUACUUUUGAUGUACUAGAAUGUUGGAAGGUGCAUAGCAUUAAUAAACCAAUUCUCUCAAUAUUGGCGCGAGAAAUACUUACAAUUCCAUCAACAUCAGUUGCUUCAGAAUCUGCAUUUAGCGCAGGAGGUCGAGUGCUUGAUUCAUUUAGAAGUUCAUUAUCACCUGAAACAGUGGAAGCUUUGGUUUUUUGUGCAAGUUGGUUGAAAGAUGAUAGUCAAGAGAAAAAGGUUGAUCUUGAAUGUUGAAAUUUGAAUGUUGUUAUUCCAACGGUUUUUUAAUUCUACUAUAUGAAAAGAUUCAUUUUCAUGCAAGUUUGUUGUAAAAUUUCCGAUUUUCAGCUCAUUUUUGAGGUUCUACUUCAAGAGAAUUAGAGGAAGGCUUUUUAUUUUGUUUCAUCCAAUGCAAUGAGAGCAAGACUUAUAUUUGUGAAAAUGUAAUUUGAACUAUUAGAGUGCAGUGUUUAAUAGGAAUUAUUAUGUUUGUGAGAGUUUAUAUUAUGUUUGAACUUUGAACAUUAAAUUUGAGCAUUGAACUAUUA